CUCAUGUCAUUCAUCCCAGUACCGCAGGGCAGUUAACUUGACGAUUUGCAAUUGAUCACACUUGGUGUGUAUACCUUGUAAACAUUGUUUUCUCCUAACCCAUCAGUUGUUCGCUUUGAGAAGAUAAUGCGAUCUUGAUUGUUUGUGUUAGAGAGAAUACUUCAAACAAUGUUUCUGUAAACGGAUUGAUGAUUAUUUACUAAUAUGUUUAAAAUGUAAAUACGACAUACGAAAAUUUGAGAUGGAUACACAAAGGCGGCGUUACAAGAAAAAUCCUGGAUCUGGUACUGAAGGAUACUUAAACCAGCUUCGACUUUCGACGUUGUAUUUCUCUCGCCUAGCUGCAAGUGGCAAUCGAUUUGAGAUUGGUGUCGAAGUAGCAUUGGCUGGAAAAUUCGACGAUAUAGUAAUGCAUCUGCUAGACGUGGAUCAGUAUUGCUUGGUGCAGGCUAAACAUAAGCAAGACGAAUCGAAGCGCAUCAUUAUGGAUGAUCUACUGAAAACGACUACCGAAUAUAGCUUGCCGAAAUAUUUUGAUUCGUUUCUCGGGCUGAAGCAAGAAGAAAUGUUCCAGGGUGAACGCCUUAAGUACAUUGUUAUCUACACCAACCUCAAGGUGGACGAAAACGUCAUGAAAGUAAUCAAUCCCGUUGAACCAGCAACGGACGAGUUUCUUCGCACGCUAAACGUACGCUGCAGAGGCAAAGAAUCGUCGCUCUAUCGCUUCAAUACUGAGUGCACUGACUUUAUUGAGCAGUUAAUUGAUCGCAUUUCGCCAAUCUGUGAGGUUGCGCGAAAAUUAGCCGAACAGUUAAUUCAGCGUAAAAAAAUAUCGAUAAAUCCAAAUGGUAUAUUUCACGAAUUUCAUACAUUACUUGUACGCGACGUAUUUGACAUAGAACGGCAAUUGUUUCGAGAAACGUUUCUUGCGGAUGAUGAAAACAUUUGUCCGUAUGUGAAAAAGUUUAGAUUUUUGCUUGAGCGAACGCUACGAUCUAUUUUGAAAUGCGAUGAUUUUUGCAUUAGUGAUCUUAAUAGAACAAUAGUCAAUGGAAAGCUGAAGCUACUCUUUGAACCAGGGUUCUUAUGCAAACCCAUUAACCAAGACAUAGCAGUAAAGGAUUGGAGAGACUACAGAGUGCAACGAGAAGAAGUGAUACAUUUUUUCGACCAUCUCUUACUAGCCACAGACCAGCCAAACUUUAUUGAGCUGGAAGCAAUAACAAAAGUGGAAGUGUUUGGGUUAAAAGAACAAGUGGAUGAGUAUAUGCGCGCAGUGUUCGAUCAAGUGGAUCGGUGGAUACGAGAUACGGAGGGACAGUUUCUUAAUGGCGACGACUGGGAACGAAUUUGCAGUAAUUCACGUGCUCGUAUUGUGGGUAAAAAGUGGUUGCUCAAAUCGGAAGAGUAUCAAAAAUCGAAUCCUGCAACAGGGUACGUGUUUGAACGAAAUACCCUCCUCGCUCCUAUAGAACAGUUUUUGGCUACAUCGAAAAAUCAUAAUAUGCUAGUAUUAGCUGCAUAUAAUGCUGAAGUGAGCGCUUCCAGAGUGUUACAAGCAUUGAUGACGUUGCAAGAACAGUUUGUAGUAUUUGAUGCACAUUUUCACGAUUUUGAAGAACUUGAAUGCUGUACACUGUUUUUGAAAAACAUGUCUCGUAAGGUAAUAGUGAUCGUGUCUAAUGACAAGUGUUGUCGUUCAGCUAUUAGAAAUGUAUGGCACAAGUUUGAUGUACUGACCAAUUUGAAAGCUAUCUACAUUGCUUGUGAUGUACAGAAGGAGUUUUUUUCUGAGAACAUCAAGUAUGUACAUUGCGAUCGGUUUGAGCUUCGCGACAUGAGUCAAAAAUCGCGUCAAAAGUUGCUUGAAAAGAAAAUCGUACUACAACAUCGUGAAGUUCGUUUAAGUGAUUUGUUGUCCGAGGAGAUUGCACUACGUCUUUUGGACAUGGAGUUCAUUUCUCAGUUGCUAAUGAAUCAGGUAGAUCCUAUAGCGUACAGUUUUAAGUAUCAAUGUCAACUUAAGGGGCAAUAUUUUGCUCGAAAACUGGCUAGUAAUAACAGUGUAGUAGAUGAAACAGAAUUUGAUCAGCUUUUAACUAACAAUAGGGCAGUGAUAUUAUCGAAUGUUCCAGGCAUGGGAAAAACUACGUUCCUGCAAAAGUUCAUCGAUCGGUUAUUUACCACCCUGCCAGAUCAUGUCAUAUGUCUUAUGCAUUUAAAGUUUUACACCGAAACUCUAGAAGAAAUUACAAAAUUGAACGCCAGUACACUCAGUGUAGAAGAUGCGGUAAAACACGUUACUAAGUGUUUUUUCGCCGCGGGUACUCGUUUUGGACAAGUACUGUUUCGUAAUGCCAUCCUAAAUACUGGGAAAUUGAUCGUAUUGGUCGACGGAUAUGACAGUGUCAUUAAUCGCUACAGAAUUUCUGUCGAAAAGGCAUCUCAGCUGUUUCUCCAACAUCCUUUUCGUAUGCGAAAUUUAUUGAUCGCAACACGACCUCACGAAACAGAUCAUUUACGAGCAGCGCUACCUCAAGCACGAAUCGUGUCGUUACUACCUUUCGAUGAACCGCAGUGCGUUGCUUUUUUAACCAGAUGGUGGAACUUUGAUAGUCAUUCAGCGGCCGUGAACUUACUUCAGUACUUGCGUUCUAGAUACACUGAUUGGAUCGUGGGAAAUCCAUUUCAGAUAAAGCUUUUAGCUGAAAUAUACGAAGAAGACAAAACAAUAAUAGCCAAUUUUGGUGCUCUACUAGAACGUUAUUUGGAGAAACAGUUUUAUGAAUCAAACCAACGUGCCAUACAGGUAAUGGGCAUCGGGCAACAACGGAUGGCUGCCGAAACGUUGAAACAAGCAGCUCACGAUGGGCAUUGUGAAGUUGCUGCAUUACUCACCUUUCACCCUGAGCAAACGAUCGACAUGUCGAAAUUUGGUUUCCUUCUUGAUAUAGGAUUGGUAGUGCUUGAGAACAAUUUGCUGAGGUUCGAGCACCGUUUGUUUCGGGAUUAUUUUGCUGCAGAAGCCUUGAUGCAAGGUAAAACAGUCGCUUACGAUUCUCAGCAGUUAAGGCAGAUUUUAGAAGAUCCACAGAAUGGAUACCUGAGUAAGCUUCUGAUGUACCAUCUGGGUAAAACAAAAAACGCACACUAUCGCGAGCAUUUCCGGAACUUUUCAGUCAUUCAAGGACAACGUAUCACAUCCGGCAGCCGUUAAUCAAACCAAAGACAAAUGAGUACAUAAAUUUUAGCUCCCUUCGUCUCGCUCAACUACAUCCUAUGACUUUAUACUACUAGUGCGCCAACAAAGUAGGAUGUGGUAUUCCAAGUACUAUUUCGUCGGAACGGAUGAUCAAUAAACUGUAUAAAGAAAUUUUCAUGUCCUUCUUAAUGGCAACAUCAAUCAUUUCGAAAGGAAUUUUCUAAUUACAUCGCUCUACGUGUACCGGCAAUUAGUGCACAAAUGCAUACUGAGCAUGGAUGAAAAUAGAUAACGAAAAGAGAAAGGCAUAAGCAAAUUGGAGGCACAGAGACAGGAGCCCUACAGUGUCGAAAUGGUGUGUUGUAUGACUGCAGCGGAUCUGAGAAGGUAUGCAGUUAUCACUGUACAGUAGUUGCUAGAAGCUUCUUCGAGGUUAUCGGUAAGGUGAAUUGUUGUUCUCAUUAAGAGCAUUGCUCACACAAUGCAGCAACAACAGUUAAUACUAUGAUAAAUUAUGUCGUUCUUUAUACGAUAAACGACUGAAGUUGUCUAGAAGGAGAAAUUCAUUAACGGGUAAAAAAUCAAGUCAUGAUAUAUCUUUGUAUCGCAUAAUUCGUAAUGUCUUAAGUAAGGAAAAAUGGAAUGAAAAGUACACAUUUUAAUUGGACAUGAAAUCGGUUGACGUAUUUUUUGCAGUCAUAAUUGACAUUUGUGCUGAUAAAUACAACGGCUACGCUAUAUAUAUACAUAGAUACAAAUAUAUCCAUAAAGCAAAAGCUUUCAAACGCAUAUGUAUAAGUUCAUAAAGUAAACAUAUACAUAAAUAUCCGUAUGGUAUACAUAUCUAACAAUCCAUUGAAAAAGAAAAAUAUGCAAUUCCGCCUCGAGCUCAUAGACUUGAGAUAGGGAAUCACAUCCUUCGUUCUUCCUAGGUUUGCAAAGGUUGAAAACCACUGACUGACACUAACAACAUAGCGAUACAGAGUUCAUUCCCCGUAUGGACCUAGCCGCUCAUACGUAUAAUUUAUCAAACAAUUGCAUCAAACAAUGAGAAGAAGGUGUCUUCCCCGAUCGAUUUAUUUUAUAUAUUAAAUUUAGCAAUACAAUCUCCACGUAGGCUGUAGCUAUCGUAAGCAAAUUUAUAAUAAAAUGAGAUAUGUGCAUUAAUUCAUGUCCAUA